AUGGGGGUCAAUGGGGACCCCCCCCCGGAGGACCUGGACCGACCCCGCAGGGCCCCCCUCCAGCCCCUGCUGCAGCUGCGGGCGCGGCGACGGCACCCACAGGAGUGGGGCCCCCCCGGCGGCCUGGGCCCCCCCCACAAUGGGUGGUCAGGGAAGGGACGUCCCAGUGAUGGCGUCCAUAGGGUGCGUGUGGACUUCAAGGAGGACAGUGCUCUGGACAACGUGUGGCUCCUGGGUGGCCUCAGCAUCGUGUCCUCUGUGCCUGUCAGUGCCCCCCUGGUCUGUCUGCUGUGUGCCAGCAAGGGCCAGCACCAGCUGCUGCUGUGCCAGGUUUGCUGUCAGCCCUUCCAUGGCUUCUGUCUGGCUGUGGGGGAGGGGCCAGGCCCAGGCCAGGACACAUCCUGGAGCUGCCGCCAGUGCCGGAGCUGUCACGUGUGCGGGAGGAGGGGCCGCGGGGGCAAGCCCCUCCUCCAGUGCUGUCGCUGCCGCCGCUGCUUCCACCCCCCAUGUUUGGGGCCCAGCGCCCCCCCCCGGCCCCCCAGUGGCACUGCAUGGCUGUGCUGGGGGUGCUCCAGGUGCCAGCGCUGUGGGGCCAGCCCAGGACAGGGGGGGGACCCCGAGUGGGUGCCCCAGGAUGGGCUGUGCCCCCCCUGCGCCCGCCUCGGGAGCUGCUGCCCCCUCUGUGCCCAUUGGGGGGGGGUUGGGUCCCCCCCCGGGGGGGUGAAGGAGGAGGAGGAGGAGGGGGGAGGGGAGGAUCCACCCCCCCCCCGCUGCCCCCAGUGCUGCCGGCGCCUGCCCCAUGAGCCCCAGCCGGGGGGGGGCCCUGCAGGGGGCUCUGCGGCAGGUGCUGGGGGGGCUGCUGCGCUCCACACAUGGCCCCUCCCUCAGCCGCUGCCAACAGUGCCCCCCCGGGGGGGGGGUGAAGCUGCACCCAGGACCCUGUCCUCCUGCCCCACGCGGUUCUUCCCCCCUCCCCCGACCACACCUAUGCUCAAUGGCGCCCGGAGCCCCCCCCCGGACGAGGGCCGCCUGCUGUACAUCGGUCAGAACGAGUGGGCUCACGUGAACUGUGCUCUGUGGUCAGCUGAGGUGUUCGAGGAGGGGGAUGGGACCCUCAGGAACGUGCAUGCGGCUGUGGCCAGAGGCAGGCAGAUGCGCUGUGAACACUGUGGCCGCCCUGGGGCCACCGUCGGCUGUUGCUUGGCCGCCUGUUUGGCCAACUACCACUUCAUGUGUGCGCGGAGGCGACGAGCAGCAUUCCAGAGGGACAAGAGGGUGUUCUGCCAGCGGCACGCGCGCCUGCGGGACGGCUCCGAGCUGGUGCAGGACGGAGGCUUCGCUGUCCUUCGCAGGGUCCUGGUGGACUUCGGGGGCUUGAGCCUCAAGAGGAAGUUCCUGGGGGGGCUGGAGCCUGAGGCCGUGCACCUCAUGAUCGGCUCCAUCCGCAUUGACAGCCUGGGGGCACUGACGGAGCUGUCGGAGAGAGACGGGAGACUGUUCCCAGUGGGAUACCAGUGCUGGCGCCUGUACUGGAGCACAGUGGACGCUCGCCGCCGGUGCUGGUACCGGUGCCGCAUACUGGAGCAGGGGGGGGAGGGGGGGGCCCGGCCCCGCCCCCCUGACAUCAACCGCACCAUAGCCCAUGGAACCAAUGGAACACUCAAUGGAUCAGUGGCACCCAAUGGAUCAAUAGCACCCAAUGGGGCACCCAAUGGAUCAAUAGCACCCAAUGGACCAAGCUCAACGUCAAGGCCAUCAUCCCCUAUGGACCCACCAGCACCCAAUGAGCACCCAUCCCCUAUGGGACACCCAUCCCCUAUGGGACCCCCAUUGUCCCCAUUGGCCCUCACCGACCUCCUGGGGGGGGCACCCAUGGGUGACAGCAGUGAGGACGAGGGUCCCAUUGGCAGCACCCAUAGGGGCAGCACCCAUAGGGGGGGCACCCAUAGGGGCAGCAGCACCCAUAGGGACCCCUAUGUCCAACUGGGGCGCAGGGUGGGGGCCCGGCGCCCCCCAUUGCCCCACAUAGACCAGUUGGAUGGGGCGGACGAUGGGGACAAGGGGGCACCCAUGGGUGCUGGCCCUAUGGGUGCUGCCCCUAUGGGUGCUGCCCCUAUGGGUGCUGCCCCUAUGGGUGCUGGCCCCACUGAGCACCUCCCAUCGGACAUCGUGGACUUCGUGCUCAAGAGCAUGGGUGCCAAUGGCACCCAAUGGGACCCCAAUGGAGACCCCCAUGGCACCCAUGGGUGCCAGGCCCCCAUAGGGGACAAUAGCACCCAAUGGGGGCCCCCCAAGCGCCCCGGGGAGCCCAUGGGUGCUGGAGCACCCAAAAGGGCCCGGAUGGAGCCCAAUGGGGACGGGAGGGCCAUAGGGGACCUCGACGAGGGCGUCAAAGAGGAGCCUGAGGAGCUGAGUGAUGGUGGCAGCUUGGGGUCCCCCCACCCAAGCGAUGCCCCCAUGGACCCCCCCUGGGCUGCCUGUGCAGGUGCCAGCUCGGAGGACGAGGCCCCUCCCCCCCAGGAGGGAGCCCCUCCCCCCCCCGGCCGCCCCAGGCUCUGCUUUGAGAUCAGCAGCGAGGACGGGCUCAGGGUGACAGCAGCGUCCAUAGAGGGUGCCUGGGCUGCAGUUCUGGAGCAGGUGCAGGAAGCAAGAGCGAAUGCUCGACUGAGGCAGCUCUCGUUUGCUGGUAUGUCAGGUGAGCGUGCCCUGGGCAUGCACCAUGAUGCUGUCGUGUUCCUGCUGGAGCAGCUUCCUGGAGCCGGAGCCUGUUCCCGGUACCGGUUCCGGUACCACCCGCGGCCACCCCACAGCCCCCCCCAUAACCCGUCCGGGUGUGCGAGAGCUGAGCUGUACCUGCGCAAGUGCACCCUGGACAUGUUCAGUUUCUUGGCCUCCCAGCACCGACCCCUGCCCGAGGGGCCCCCCCCCCGUGAGGAGGAGGAGGAGGAGCUGAAGCCCACACGCCGAGCUGCCAGCCUGGAGCUGCCCAUGGCCAUGAGGUUCAGGCACCUCAAGAGGACAGCGAAGGAGGCAGUGGGAGUGUAUCGCUCUGCCAUCCACGGCCGGGGGCUGUUCUGCAAGAGGAACAUUGAGGCUGGUGAGAUGGUUAUUGAGUACUCAGGAGUCCUGGUGCGCUCAGUGCUCACGGACAAGAGGGAGAAGUUCUACGACAGCAAGGGCAUGGGCUGCUACAUGUUCCGCAUGGACGCGGGGGAGGUGGUUGACGCCACCCUUCGCGGCAGUGCCGCCAGGUUCAUUAACCACUCGUGUGAACCCAACUGCUACUCGCGGGUGAUUCACGUCGAGGGCGUCAAGCACAUUGUGAUCUUCGCCCUGCGCCGGAUCCUGCGGGGGGAGGAGCUGACCUAUGACUACAAGUUCCCGUUGGAGGAGCCGGCGGCAAAGCUGCCGUGUAACUGUGGGGCCAGGAGGUGCCGGAGGUUCCUCAACUGACUUGGGG